UUUUAACGAUAAGUCCGCGGUCACACAAAUUUCGUCGCUCGCCUGCAAUAUUUAUUGCAAAAAUGCCUUAAAAGUCUAUAGUUUAGCUAUAAAUAGCGCGUAAUAAUACUCAUCACCUGGUCGGGCAGGCGUGUGCAGUGAAAUCCGGGCGAAACACUAACGAAAAUGCAACGAAAAACGUAGACGAAAAAAAAUGAAAUCUAGUCAAGAAAACGAUGUAAAUGGAUGGGGAAGAGACGAGGCUACAACAACAACAACCACUGGACGACCAAAACGAAAAACGCAAAUAAAGUGACACGCAGAACGCAGGAAGAAAAUACAAAAAAAAAAUAUAAAAUAUAGUAUAAAAGAGAGAGAGGAGAGAUCAAACCAAACAAAAAUAGAGAGCAACAAAAGCGAGCAUUCAAAUCAAGUGUGACCCUCUCUCUCUCUCGCGCUCUCACGCUCCCCUUACUGUUUCUCCUUGACUGUGUGAGUGAGUGGGUCGCUGCAGCCCACACACACACUCAGCCACCCACACGCAGUACCGUAGCAUAACUGCUGUUGUUGUUUUUGAUUUUGUUGUUUUUGUUGGUGGGGUUGAAAAGCUAUUGCCUGCAUAACGGUUAACGCGUGACGUGAGAUUCCACACAAAAACAGCAAGGGCUCGCGCACACUAUAGCUGAAAGCGGAGCUGAUAGCAGAUUUAUAAGCUCUGAAAAAACAAACGCACUGCACCGGUGCAAGUGCGCACAUUGCAGACUGAGCUGAGCUGAAAGCUGAAAAAGCUCGCUGAAAUCAGCUCAGCUUAGUUUGAUCGAUCAAGCAUGUUUGUUUUUUCAGCAAGCUGAUUGCUGAUUUUGUUCAAGUGUAUUGGUUCAUAAGUGAUCGAAAAUGGGCUGCAAAACAUUGUUAAGCGAAAUUACGGUUAACCCAGAGCUGGGGAAUAAGCGGGAUUAUUAAAAAUAUUUGAAUCAUAGUUUUAUUUCUGGCAGGAGAUAAAUUGGGCAAAAAAGUUGUAUUAUUUACCAUUUUCAUAUGUCAAUAAUAAAUAUAAUAUACUAUGUCCCCAAGUACAGUAAACGCUAGGAAAACAUCACAAUGUUUAUUAUUAUACAACAUAAUGAAUAAUUGAGAAAUUUAAUAAUAAUUCGUAAAAUAAAAGUAAUACGAAUACAAUACAUAACGGAAAUGUGGUUGAAAUACACGGAAUAAAAAAAAACGAAGAAAACUUCCGUCUGGCUACUGUACGUGCUGUGAAGUAAUUAAUUAACAAUAUAAUAAUAAUAAUUAUAAUGAUAACUUUUGAUGCCACUUGAGGAGACAAAGGGAGGAAAUGGCUUUCAGCUUUCAGCAAUCAGAUCAGCCGACAAUGUACGCACCUGCAAGCUGAUUCUGCCUGGAAAAAGCUCUCAGAUCAAGUGAGCUUUCAGCUCCAAUUUCAGCGCCGCUUUCAGCUAUAGUGUGCGCGAGCCCUAAGGGUGACCACCACCCCACCUUUCUCCCAAACCCUUUCGGAGAACGGCCGCCCCGCCUCCCCCCCUCUCAAAAUGAUGGACAACGACGAUGCGCUGCUCAACAACGGUGGCCCGCAGUCGGGAGCGGAGACCGUCUACGGCACGGAGGACAACAAUAUGGUCAUGUCAGAGAAGAAUGAUCAGGUUGUCAGCAUCGUCCAGCAGCUGGCGGGGAGCAUUUAUCAGGAGUUCGAGCGGAUGAUCAAUCGUUACGACGAGGACGUGGUGAAGAACCUGAUGCCGCUGCUGGUGAACGUGCUGGAGUGCCUGGACGCCUCGUAUCGCAUCAAUCAGGAGCAGGAUGUCGAGGUGGAGCUGCUGCGCGAGGACAAUGAGCAGCUGGUGACGCAGUACGAGCGGGAGAAGAGCGCCCGCAAACAGUCCGAACAGAAGCUACUGGAGGCUGAGGACCUGGCCGAGCAGGAGAACAAGGAGCUGGCCACACGCCUCGAGUCCGUGGAGAGCAUUGUGCGGAUGCUGGAGCUGAAGCACAAGAACAGUCUGGAGCAUGCCAGUCGCCUGGAGGAGCGGGAGACGGACCUCAAAAAGGAAUACAACAAGCUGCACGAGCGGUACACGGAGCUGUUCAAGAAUCACGUGGACUACAUGGAACGCACCAAGAUGCUGAUGGGCUCCACGCACUCACAAAUGAGCACUGCCUCCGACCGCAUGGAAGUGAGUCGUGCGCGCCUGAAUCCCGUGGCCCGCAGCUCGGGCCCCGUCUCCUACGGCUUCGCCUCGCUGGAGAACUCCGUCAUGCUGGACACCGAGACCAUCUGCAGCGUGGGCAGCCAGUCGGACGACUCGGGGCCGCCGUCGCUGCAGAAUGAGCUGGACAUGAGCCUGCCCAGUACGGCGGAGCGGGGCGCCGCCACCGAUUCGCUGCAGCAGCAGCAUCAGGCCACCUCGCCCCAGAGUCCCCCCGACACCAGUCCCGUUGUGCCAAACGUGCCUCCCGCAAACGUUGGUCGCUCGACCACCAAAAAGGAGCAGCGCUCGGACAAUAAUCUCUACCAAGAGCUGUCCUUCCAGGACAAUGAGGAGAGCGAAGAGAAUGAGAUUGUUACAGGCUGCUGGGUACAUCCCGGAGAGUACGCGUCCUCAGCAAACGACAACUAUUUUGGCAUGGGGAAGGAGGUGGAGAAUCUCAUCAUGGAGAACAAUGAGCUGCUGGCCACCAAGAAUGCUCUGAACAUUGUCAAGGAUGAUCUGAUUGUCAAAGUGGAUGAGCUGACGGGAGAAGUGGAAAUUGUGCGCGAGGAGCUGAGUGCCAUGCAGCAGUCGAGGACGAAGCUCAGGCAGCGCAUCAGCGAACUGGAAGACGAGCUCAAGAAGACCAAGGAGCAGGUGAAGCAACAAAACACCGAACAGGAGGAGAACGAUGUGCCGCUCGCACAGCGCAAGCGCUUCACUCGCGUCGAGAUGGCCAUGGUCCUCAUGGAACGUAACCAGUACAAGGAGCGUCUGAUGGAGCUGCAGGAGGCAGUGCGUCUCACGGAGAUACUGCGCGCCUCGCGCACCGUCGACAACUUGGACAAGAAAUCGAAACAGAGCAUCUGGAAGUACUUUAGUAAUCUUUUCACCCCCUCCAAUCGCCCGACGGAACGCAUCGCCGACGGGCUGGGAGGGGGGCCGAUGUUUCGUCAUACCGGGGGAGGAAGUCCUUCCCACAGCCACGGAUCCCCAAGCCGUGGAAGUGGGGACAAUCGCCUUGCCUUAGCCGGCUCCCAGCCGCCCAUGCAUCCCGCGAGCGCGGGGCUCGCUAAUGCCCUGGUGAUGCCCAAGGACUACUCCGAGGACGGGGGCUCGGAGCGUAUCAGUGCGAGGAGGCGGGAGCAGUACCGGCAGCUGCGCGCCCAUGUCCAGAAGGAGGACGGACGCCUGCACGCGUAUGGCUGGAGUUUGCCCAUCAACAAGGCCAACCAAGAGGCCAAUCCCAGCCGGCACUCGGGCGGCGUUCCGGUGCCCGUCUACUGCAAUCCCCUGGCCGAGGCCUCGCCCCACAUGAAGGUGUUCUGCGCGGCCGGCGUCAAUCUCCACGGAGGCUUCACCAAAGACGGCCAAUCGCUGAUACCCGCCGACUCGCCGUACGCCCCCAAGUCCACGCUUAAAAUCACAGAGAUCACGAGUCCGACGGCGGAGCAGAGCGUCGAGGCGCUGGACAGACAGAUAGCCCGCGCCAGCCUAGAGACCCUGGAGCCAGAGACGCAGCUGAGCUCCUUCGUGUGGAUCUGCACGAGCACCCACGCGGCCAGCACGGUCAGUGUGGUGGAUGCCAACCAGUCGGCCACCGUUCUGGAUGCCUUUCCCAUCUGCUCCUCCCACUUGCUGUGCAUCGCCUCCGUGCAGGGAGCCAUGGAGAGUGACUACGCGCUGCUGGAGCAGUCGGAGGUGGUCAAGGCGGGCGAGAUGCUGCAGCGGCCCGGCGAGGGCACAGAGCUGCUCGGCAAAGUGGAGUUUGUGCGCGUGAAGCCCAAGUCCGAGGACGAGCAGAACAGCAAUAGCAAACCCCAGCAGCAGCAGGACGAGGAGGAAGCCAAGGAGGCCACGGAGAAAUCAAAUGAGCCACUGCCGCCCGUGAAUGCCGAGGAGCUGCUCGUCAAUGUGGAGGCCAUCAAGAUACGCCAGGCCCUGCCCGGCGCCCCCCAGCGUCUCUCCAGCGGCAACAGCGGCAGCGACGGUAAUCAGGCGAACAACAACAACAGCAGCAGCAGCGGGAGCGUUCUGUUUGCCACCAAGUCGCUGAACCCCAUUCUGGGGACGAAGGAGCGCGAGGAUCCGCCGAUGACUUCGGUGGGACCGACCAUGUGGAUGGGGGCCCAAGACGGCUGGCUGUACGUCCACAGCGGGGUGGGGCGGUGGCACGAGUGCCUGCACCGCGUUCUCCUGCCGGAUGCCGUCCUGGCGAUUGUGCAUGUGGAGGCGAGGGUUGUUGUGGCGCUGGCCAAUGCCCAGUUGGCCGUGUUCCGCCGCCAAACAGACGGCCAAUGGGAUCUGAAUAGUUAUCACCUGGUGACGCUCGGUGAUCGCAAUCAUUCGAUACGUUGCCUCUGUGUGGCCGGCGAGCGCAUUUGGGCGGCGCAUCGCAACAAGAUCUUCAUUGUGGACCCCAUAUCGCUCAACAUUGUGCACUCGCUGGACGCGCAUCCGCGCAAGGAGAGUCAGGUGAGGCAGAUGGCGGCCACAGGUGCCGGUGUCUGGGUGUCCAUACGACUGGACUCGACGCUCCGUCUGUACAACACGCAUACGUUCGAGCACAAGCAGGACGUGGACAUUGAGCCGUAUGUGUCCAAAAUGCUCGGCACUGGCAAGCUGGGCUUCAGCUUUGUCCGCAUCACCGCUCUGAUGGUGUCCUGCAACCGCCUGUGGAUCGGCACCAGCAACGGGGUGAUCAUCUCGGUGCCACUGGCCGAGGUGCAGCAGAAGACAUCAUCCGAUCCCCAUGGCCAAAUGCCGCUGUGCUGCAUGGCCAAUGCUCAACUCUCCUUCCACGGCCACCGCGAUGCGGUCAAGUUCUUUGUUUCCGUGCCGAUGCUGCAGCAGCCGAACCUGAACGGCGGACUGACCUUCGUGAACAAGCGGCCCGAUAUGCUGGUCAUGUGCGGUGGCGAAGGCUACAUCGAUUUUCGCAUAAAUGAUAAUGACAUGGAGAACAGUAUUCAACUGGAACCAAAUCAAACGAUCGAGAAUCGAGGCGACAAGAGCUACUUGAUUGUGUGGCAUGUUAGUCAACGUUGAGGCCGAUCCGAUGCGAUCCGAUCGAUACGAUUCUUCGGCUUGAACGAGAAGUGCAAAUGAUAUAAUUAAUAAUAUUUAUAGCAGUUACGAGUACUAUCUAAAUACGCAUAAUGUAUAAUCUACUUUAUUGUGCAGCAGGCUAGCGAAUGGAAUACCUAAACCCUAAAUCCUAAACCUUAGUAUUUAUCUAACAAUACAAUACCCUUCUACAUACCCCCUUAAAUCCACACGAUGACAAAAUACCAACUAAUACUAAUUAAUGGGUUCUCUAGCAGUCGUACCACGUACUCUUAAUUUAGUUAAACAAAUCCGAUUUUGAGCUUUCGAGGGGCUUUCACAAUUGUUUCAAAUUGCUUCAAAUUCAAACCAAAAAAAAAAAAAAAA